AGAGAGAGAGAGAAAACGAAACGUAAACAAGCGAAGUGGAAAGCAAUUCUUUGCUGAACUUUUUCCAUACUUCGGGUUUGUUUGGACAUUUAUUGGAAUAUUUUUGGGACAUUUGGCGCUGAAUUAAUCCUAGGAGGAGGUGGGAGAGGUGGAAAUGGCCGAGGCAGCGAUGGAGUCUGAGGCGGAGUCUUCAGAUGUAGUAAGUGACGCUGUGGAGAAGGCGAGCGGGGGCAGCAGUGAGAGCAAUGGCGAGCCCUCCACCAAGAAGCAGCGCGUGGACCUGGCCGGCCUGCCCACACGACAGUACCUUGACCAGACUGUGGUGCCCAUCCUGCUGCAGGCUGUCAUGCAGCUCAACAAGGAGAGGCCGGGGGAUCCUAUAGAGUGGCUGGCCAACUACCUGCUCAAGAACAAGGCCCAGUAUUCAAAUGGUACCUCAUAAACACACACACACACACACACACACACACACACACACACACACACACACACACACACACACACACACACACACACACACACACACACACACACACACCAAAUGGCUCUAUUAAUAGUCUACCUAAAUGACUUUUUUGUACCAUUUUAACUCUGUACAUGUAACUAUGCUAUACCUAAGCCAAGUGUUCAAAUAUUAAAUGUCACGCUGCCAUUUUUAAACAAGAAAGGAAUUGUUAUGCAUUUUUUUUUUUUUUAAGGAAAAUUUUAUGUGAAUUUAAAGUAUGUGUUUUUGUAUUAUGUGUGGGUGAAAAUAUUAUUGAUGCAAGUUUAUGAUAAGUAUAUAUAUAUGUAUAGAGAGAGAGAGAGAGAGAAUGAGGGAGGUGAGAGGUGUACAUACAUACUUAGUGCUUUGCUGUUUGUGAAAGAAAAAAAAAGUAGAGAAAAUAAAACAAAAAGAAAAUAAUGGUGACUAGAAGCUUAUAAUGAAAAAAAUACAUGUUUUUGAGAAGUAGAGAGAAGAAAGAAAAUACUUAGUGCUUUGCUAUUUGUGAAUGCAGGAACUGAGAGGAAAGGAAAGCACAGGAGAGAAAAUGAUAAGGAAUAUUAAAUUCACAAGUUUGUCACAAAAAAAAUAUACUGUUUUGAGAAGCACAGACUGAAGAAACAAUAAUACUGUUUUUAUCAGCAUAGAAAUAAAAAAAAAUUACUCUUUUAACAAGCAAACAAACAAGAAAAUAAUGGAUACUGUUUUGAGAAGUGCAGAGUUAAGAAAUGGUAUUGUUUUUACAAGCAAUGAGUGAAGGAAAAGAUAAUACUGAUUUUAUAAGCAUAGAACUAAGAAAAUGCAGCCUUUAUACAAGGGUUAAGGGGGAAAAGUAUUGUUUUCACAUGUAUUAAGAAAAUAAUAUUGUUUUUAUGAGCACAAUGAAGAAAAAAGGUAAUUAUUUGAAAAGCAUAGAGGAAUUAAAGCAGAAUUAUUUUAGAAAAAAACAUAUAUAAAACUCUUUGAAAACCACACAGAUAUCGAAAACAUCAUGCAAGAGUAUUUAAAGAGUACACAUAAAAGAUAUAAUAAUUGAAAACGACAAUGUUAGCACAAGAACAGAUUCAUAUCAAUGUGUACUACUUAAAAUUUAGCAUCACAGCAUUUCAAACCUUAUGCAUGAGUCUGUAAGGCGGGUUAUUUAGUGUGUUCAUGCAUCUGCUUUGCUCCGAGAUUCACAGGAGUUGAUAUCGUAUAGAGUGUUUUGUGAGACUCAAAUGUUAUAGAGUUAUAGAGAAACAGGAGUAGUUUUAUCAAGUUAUGGUAAUGUUUGGCUACUGUAUGUGUGCCUCUGUGUGCAUCUGUGUGUGUGUGUGUGUGUGUGUGUGUGUGUGUGUGUGUGUGUGUGUGUGUGUGUGUGUGUGUGUGUGUGUGUGUGUGUGUGUGUGUGGCACUAAUUUAGGCAGGUAAGGACACGGA